AUGAAUAAAAUACCUUUUUUAAAAAAGAAAAAAGUCGAAGAAAGAAGCCGAAAAAUCAAAGUCAAUGAUUCAGAUGCAAAUGCUGCGAAAGAAUAUGCUGGCAACGAAAUUUCGACGUCCAAAUAUAAUUUAAUUACCUUCUUACCCAAAAAUCUCUUUGAACAGUUUCGUCGACUCGCUAAUGCAUACUUUUUAUUCCUUCUCUGUCUACAGCUCAUUCCACAAAUUAGUUCGUUAGCUCCCGUGACAACUAUUUUGCCACUUGUUUUCGUGUUAGCAUUAACUGCAAUAAAAGAUGCUAGUGAUGAUAUUGCAAGGCAUCGAAGUGAUAGUCAGGUUAACAAUCGUGAAACAAAAACUGUUGUUGGAAGUGAACUAGUGACGAGAAAAUGGAAGGAUAUCAAAGUUGGUGAUAUAGUACGACUAGAAAAUAAUGAAUUCGUGACGGCUGAUAUUGUUCUUGUAUCGACGAGUGAACUGAAUGGACUAUGUUUUAUUGAAACGGCUGAACUAGACGGAGAGACGAAUUUGAAAGUUCGACAAGCGCUGGAAGAAACUUGUGAUCUCGAAGACCAUAUUGACCAACUUUCAAGAUUUGACGCGGAAAUCGAAUAUGAAGCACCGAAUAAUAAUCUCGGACGAUUCGAAGGCAACUUAUCAUGGAAAAACAAGACACUACCAUUGAAAAAUGACAAUGUACUAUUACGUGGCACGAGAUUGAGAAACACUCAAUGGGCUUUUGGCAUUGUAUGCUACGCUGGUCCCGACACAAAAUUAAUGAAAAACAGUGGUAAAGCAACAUUCAAACGAACCAAGAUCGAUCAUUUAUUGAAUCGAAUCAUCCUUGGAAUCUUCUUCUUUCUCUUGGUAAUGUGUGCUAUCAUGACCAUAUGUUGCGGAUUUUGGGAAUCAUUUGUUGGCUAUGAUUUUCGCAUCUAUUUACCGUGGGAAACUUAUAUUUCAAAAGAUCAACGUAUUGGUGCAUUAGAGAAAAGUUUACUAGUCUUUUUAUCAUAUAUUAUUAUUUUAAACACUGUCGUACCGAUUUCAUUGUACGUCAGUGUGGAAUUCAUUCGUUUACUACAAUCGAAAUGGAUCGAUUGGGAUAGUAAAAUGUACUAUGAACCGAAUAAUGUUCCUGCUCAAGCACGUACGACGACACUAAACGAAGAAUUAGGCCAAAUUGAAUACAUUUUUUCCGAUAAAACUGGCACCCUAACGCAGAAUAUUAUGACAUUUAACAAAUGUUCGAUUAAAGGAAAAGUCUAUGGAUAUGUUACUGAUGAAGCUGGAAAUGAAGUUCAAGAUCCUGAAAAAUUAAAACCGAUUCAAUUCGAUGAAAAGGACGAUGAUUUCGAAUGGUAUGAUCAAAAAUUGAUCGAUGCAAUAAAGAAAGGCGAUAAAGAUGUGCAUACCUUUUUCACUCUGCUAUCCCUUUGUCAUACUGUGAUGCCUGAAGAGAAAGAUGGAAAGAUUGCGUAUCAAGCUCAGUCACCCGAUGAAAAUGCACUCGUAUCAGCUGCACGAACAUUUGGCUUUGUUUUUGUCAAUCGUACACAAAGCAGUAUCUCGGUUAAACUUCAAGAGAAAGAUGCUACUUACGAUCUAUUGAACAUAUUGGACUUUGAUAACGACCGAAAACGAAUGUCGGUCAUUGUAAAAAAAGAUGGCAAGAUAAUUUUAUUUUGCAAAGGUGCUGAUUCGAAAAUCAAGGAACGUUUGGACUCUUCGGAAAAAGAUAUUAUGACUGAAACAGAUGAACACUUGAACAAAUUCGCUACGGAUGGCUUACGAACACUUUGUUUAGCAUAUCGAGAACUAAAUGAAGGUGAAUACAAUAAAUGGGCAGAAAAAUUGAAUAAAGCUAAUACAAGUAUGGAGAAGCGUGAAGAAAAAGUCAAUGAAACCUAUGAAGAAAUUGAGAAAAAUCUCAAAUUGAUUGGUGCUACAGCUAUUGAAGACAAGCUUCAGGAUGGUGUACCACAAUGUAUUGAACGUUUAGCACGUGCUGGUAUUAAAAUAUGGGUUUUGACUGGUGACAAAGUUGAGACGGCGUAUAACAUUGGUCUCUCGUGUCGUUUGUUAACGAAUGAUAUGGAGAUUUACAUCAUUGAAGAAGAAAAUGAACAUAGUGUGGAGAAAAAAUUAGAAGAGAUUCGAAAGCAAAUGAUGGAAAAAGUCGAACAAUUAUUCGACGUUAAGAUCGAAGAUCGAAAGAAGAGACUCGACUGGAAAGAUUGGGGCAUCGAUGUGAUGAAAUUUGAUCAACACAGAAAAGCGGAAGAGCCCAAUGGUAAAGCACAACGUCCAAAUGGUCAUGCAACAACUACGAAUGAUUCGGGAGCACACGAUCGGGAGCAAUUCGAAGGCUUUGGCUUAUUGAUCACUGGACAAGCAUUAGCGUUUGCUCUAUCAGACAAAUUGAAGAUGAAAUUACUUGAGUUGGGUACGAUGUGCAAAGCUGUAGUUUGUUGUCGUGUUACACCCUUACAAAAGGCGCAAGUUGUUGAAUUGGUUAUGCAAAAUGAGAAGAAGAUAACAUUAGCUAUCGGUGACGGUGCCAAUGAUGUUUCAAUGAUACAAAAAGCGCAUAUCGGUGUGGGUAUCAGUGGACAAGAAGGUCGACAAGCUGUUCUGGCAAGUGAUUAUAGUUUUGCCCAUUGGGUUACAUAG